CAGCUGCCUCACGGGAUGAACUCUGACCCGGAAGCACCUUUCACAAUCGGCACCUAACAACACGGAUGUGCCGUUAGCAUCUCUGCUAGCUGCUAACCAAGUCGGGGGAAGUUGCAAUAUUACCACCUGAACACUGAAUCCCGACGAAGCUCCCGAGGAUCAACGUGUCCGGUGUUUGUGCGUCUGUGACGUUUAAACGGCACCGGGUAUCACCGACGCUAAGUUAGCUUAGCAUUAGCUGACGCUAACCGAGGCCAGAGGGCUGCAGCGUCUUGUGUUUUCGCCAACGUGGAUGUUUGGUAUAUGAAUGUGGUUUAACCAGCAUGUUAACUUCACCCGAGCAGCACGUGUUCACUGUGUAGCUGGAGGUUUCGUGGUUUAGCUCGGCAGGAGAUUAGCCCACGAGAAAAAAAGGAGCUAGCAGUCAUGGACGAUUUCAGCUCGAUCAGCCUGUUGUCUCUGGCCAUGUUGGUGGGAUGUUACGUGGCCGGGACGAUACCUCUGGCUGUCAACUUCUCAGAGGAGAAGCUGAAGCUGAUCACGGUGCUGGGAGCGGGGCUCCUCUGUGGGACUGCCCUGGCUGUGAUCAUCCCUGAGGGGGUCCACGCACUUUAUGAAGAGAUCCUUGAAAGUGGGCAUCACAGCCCCGGCCAGGUCGGGGGUGUGGAGGUGUCCGACUCCAAGGUGAAAGCAGAAGCCGGCCUCGUCAUUGAGAAACACGAACACAGUCACGAGCAGCUCCACGCCUGCAUCGGCGUGUCUCUGGUUCUGGGCUUCGUCUUCAUGCUGCUGGUGGAUCAGAUCGGCAGCUCUCAUGUGCACAACACCGCUGAAGAUCCAGAGUCAGCGAGAGCCGCCUCCUCAAAAAUCACCACCACCCUGGGUCUGGUGGUCCACGCUGCAGCUGACGGCGUGGCGCUCGGAGCUGCGGCCUCGACCUCUCAGACCAGCGUUCAGCUCAUUGUGUUUGUGGCUAUCAUGCUGCAUAAGGCUCCAGCAGCGUUUGGUCUGGUGUCUUUCCUGAUGCAUGCUGGUCUUGAGAGGAACCGCAUCCGCAGACAUCUCCUGGUCUUCGCCCUGGCGGCGCCUGUCCUCGCCAUGAUCACAUUCUUAGGCCUCAGUCAGAGCAGCAAAGAGGCCCUGUCAGACAUCAACGCCACCGGUGUGGCCAUGCUCUUCUCCGCCGGCACCUUCCUGUACGUAGCCACCGUCCACGUCCUCCCUGAGGUGGGGGGCGGCGGCCACAGCCACGCUGCCGCCGGAGGGAACGGAGGGAAAGGAUUGAGCAAGGUGGAGGUGGGAGCUCUGGUGCUGGGCUGCCUCAUUCCACUGGUGCUGUCUGUGGGGCACCACCACUAGAACCCGGCUCAGGAUGGGUUACAGACGGGUGAACAGGGAACGAAGCUGAAACAGAGACUUCAAACUUUGUGGAUAUAAAUGUCUUAUUGCUUGUCGGCUGAUGGACCUCGUGGACCAGGCUCGUUUCGGGCACAUCUCAUGACUCAAAACUGGGGUUGACAGGGGGAGUGAGUGACGUUCGGGAAGUAAGAGGUGAAGGAAAACGACGCCACACAACAUGGUGGUUUUCUCCUGACACCCACCACAGAUCCUGGUACAGCUGCUGUAUGUGUUGAUCCUUUCCUGACGGAGGCCACCGGACGGUUCGCUCAGUUUAUUCACAUCACUGUGGAGUUUUCAGUGUUGCUUUAUCGUUGCUUGUCCAAAGUCAAAGAAUCAACCCUGAUUUCGAUUCCGUGAUGUUUUGCUCGACGGCUGUUGCACAGUGAGAUUAAGAUCAAGCUCGUGAUGCUGAGAACGUUUUUUUAAAUUGUGUGUAAUUGUACAGCUCUCUUAAAGUACAGAAUCAUUUGAACUGAUUUUCAAGUGCCAUAAUUGCAAGUUUGAAACAGACCCCUGAUGAAACGGCGCUGUACAGACUUUACAGUUUGUAAAUGGAUAUUGUUGUGAUGGACACUUGUGUGUUUUCUACAAAUGAACACGUUCAGAUUCAUGGUCCAACUUCAGCGUCACAACAACAUCUGUCACUCGUUAUUUGACCUGAUAACUUUCUGGAUGUGUUCAUUUCUGUUCUGUUUAACUUGGAGGUGAAUCAUAAAAGGUCGUUAGGAAAACUCUGUAUUGAAAAGAGACUGUUGUUUAUUUGAAGGUGGGUGGGUGGGGGGGUGAUUACAGCAGGUGAAGGUUCCUCAAGGUCUUUAACUCACUGAACUCGUGUAGGGACCAUCGGCUCAGGAGGACACACGUAUAUAGAUUUUUUGGGAAAACUUAUUUAGUUUGCUCCUCGAGGAUUUAUUAAUUAUACCUGAGCAAUAAUUGUACAAACUAAAAGUCACCUUUUCCUCCGGAGUGCAGCCGAGUCUGAAAUGGGCACAGAGCAGUUUGUUAUGUGAUUGAAAUACCAAGACCCACCUGCUCCAGUAAAACGUUUAACAGUUGAUGCAUUAAAGCGUCAGCAGGAUUCUCCCUCUUGUGUCAGGACUCAAAGCAGCGCUCAUGUGUUUGUAUAUGUACGUUAUUCACAGCAACUUCUUCCUUCUACAACUAUCAUCGUCUCCUGUGUGAGAUGGAACUGCUUAUAAUUUAAUUUUUUAUUUUAUGUUGACAGGGAGGAACUCUGCAGUACAGACACAGAAGGUGACAGACACUAUCUCUGUUAAAUGUAUAUAUUUAAAGAUCUUACACUCGACUUGUCCCUUAAUUCUGAACUUCUACGACGAGAGGAAACUCACCGCGGCGGUUUAGCUUCCCGGCGUGAUAGAGAGAGAGAAGGUGGCGAGUCGCCUGCCGACCAGCAGCUGCAUGACUGUUUUAUUUUUUAUGAAAUACAAAAGGGAGGAAAAAAUAACGUUGGCCGACAUCAUGAGUGUGCAACUUCAUCUGAAGCCCUGCUGAGAUUUCAUGGUUUUCAAUUCCUUAUGUUAAUUCAGGAUUCACUGGUGUGUUGUGAGUCCAAGAAACCAAAAUAUAAUCAUGUGACAUUCAGUUAAUGUGGUGGAGACGUAACAAAACCAGAAAAUCCUCACAUUUCACAAACUGGAACCCUUGAAAUUCUUUUUACAAGAAACUAACGAUUAUAUUCCCUGCUCGUGUGUGUGUGUGUGUGUGUGAUGCAUCGUUUAUCAAACGUCUGGAAACUAAUACGAAAGUAUUUCACUAAAUAUUCAGACUUAAUAAACAGCAACUAAAGUUAAAGCUCGUUUAUUGAGAGUUUAACAUUAAUAAAACUCAGCUCAUCAUCAGGACUGCGGCUGCAGGAUGAUCACGUUUGACAAACCACAGUUUAAAGGUUAAUUCACGUUGGGUCACAUUUUCAGGAAGAAGCUGAAGGAACGAUGGAUAAACUGCUUCUAAAAGUUUAACAGUGAUGUGUAGUAAAAUGAAAAUGUAGUUUGUGAAGUUAUCAGAGGGGAACCACAGUGAGGUGGGAAUAUUUAAAUACUGCUCCGGUUAAUUGUCUCUGGCAAAAGCGAGGAUUUAUAUCACUUAUCACACUAAAUACAUAAAAACCUGUUUGAUUAUCUGUAUCACCAAGCUAGAGAGAAGUCGAUGUUUAGGACAAACAAGGUUUUAGGACAGAGACAGUUUGUUUAAUUGUGUUUUUGAACAUGUUUAAGGGUUUUUUUAUUGAGUGAAUUUAAAGAUGUAAAAAUAGUGGGAUUUGAUUGGCCGUCAGCACCUGCCCUUUCAAAGUAAAAUUAUGUAAACGUGAAAAAUCUAAUGAAAUAAACAAGAAAAUUCUCUAAUGUUUAAUCAGGUCAAAUAUUUUUAAACUGAUGCAGUUAUUAGUUUAUUUAUUAGAUGUUUUGCUCAUAUAUUGAAAUAUUUAAAAUUCACUUUGUUCAUGUUUCAUGUCUCAUCACACAUCUCGAUAAACAACUGUAAAAUAUCUGCAGGUGAACUUUUAACACGACUCUUACGAACAGGAGGAGAUGACGUCACAUGUUGAAUCCAGAGAGUUUUGGGAUCAGGUUAAUAUUUGGAAUUGUUUCUGUUGGCGUUUCUUUCUUUUAUUUUUCUUUCAUUUUCUGCCAUUCCAGAAUGAGUCUGCCUUAUUUCCAUAUUUCUGAUUGUGAAAAUCAGUUGUAAAGCAAAGUGUUUUAUGACAAUAAAAUUAAAGGUUUUUUAAACUGGU